AUGAGAAUCUUGAAGAAGGCGAUUAAUCGAUGGGGUUUUGUAGCUCCAGUUGGAAGUAGAAAUGUUUGUUCACUCUCCCAAAUGAUGAACAAGUCAUUUAAGACGAACAAUGUAGGUAGUACUAUCACUAGCAAUGGAAUGUUUAGAGAUCCGAUGAACACUAUGAGGAAUGAGGAGAAGGCACUUGUGGCAAAAAGAAACGUAGCAAAUGGGGUUAAUGUAACGAAUACAUUGUAUGAAAAAAAAGAAAACAUCAUGGAUGAUGAGCAUAUGAGUAACGAUGAAAUAAUAAGAUUUUUUGAAGAAAAUAAAAAUAUGAAUAUAGACAAAUUGUACAAUUUGAUUAAAAAUUUAAGCAGAAAGAAAAUGGAUGAACGAAAGAAAAUUGUAGAAAAUGAGAAAUUUUUAAACAUAAUUGAAGAAAUAGAAAAUCGGAUAAGUAUAAUGAAUACAAGAUAUCUAUGCAAUUUCUCCUUACGAUUAGUUAGCAUAUCCAUAAAUAAUGACGAUAUUAAAAAAAUAUUAACAAAGAUAAGCGAACAUUUAUUAAAAAAAAUGAAUGUAAACCCUCGUGAUUUAGUUGGUAUAUGUUAUGCUCUAAGUUUGUGUAACAAUAUGAAUGAAUAUUUUUUUGAACAUGUAAAAAAAGAAACAAUUUCAAAUAUUGAUGCUUAUACUCCGACCUUGCUAACACAAUUACUUGAAAGUAUGAGAUUGUCACAGAAUUUAGAUAUCGAAUUAACCAAUUUAAUUGUUGAAAAAAUGUGUGAAGAAAUUGAUCGAUUUACAACUAAAGAUGUCACAUUAGCUUUGAAGACUUUAUCCAUGGCUGGAAUUCCUAGAGGAUUUUUAAUCAGACGUUUGUGCAACCUCGUAUUUGAUAACAUUUCCCAUUUUCAUUAUUCUGGUUUAAUAAAUAUUAUAUAUAAUUUAACGAAAUUGAAAUUUACAACAACAAAUCAUAUUGAUGUUAUUUAUAAAAGUGUAGAGGAACAUUUAGAAAAUUGUAAUGUUAGUACUUUGUGUGAAUUGUUAUACACAUUUUACAUGAAUGAAAUAAAUGAAGAAAGUAAAAUUAACAAAAUUUUGGAAAAUAUCCACUAUGAACAUUUUAAUACAACAAAAACUGCUGUUAUUAUCGAUUUUAUUCAUGCAGCUACUUAUUAUAAGAAUCAUAUAAAAAAAGAAAAUUUAAUAAAUUUAAUUGAUUUGUUAUUCAAACGAAAUGUUCCUAAAUCAUUAACUCUUAUUGCUAAGAUAAGAGAACCAAUUUAUUAUUUAGCUGGAGAUGAAAAAUUUUUAUUCGAUUUGAACAACAUCUCUCCUUCAUGGUUAAAUGCAAUGAAUGACUUUCUACGAAUAGACCAUGAAAAAUUACAAGCUUUAAAAACCUUUCAUGAAGUACAAAAUGUUUUAAAUUCAAUUGCACCAAAUUUUAAAUUAAAUUUUGUUCCCUUACAAAUUGUCAAUUCCUAUUCAGUUGAUUUUAUUGAAAAUGAAAAAAAAAUAAUUAUUGAUCUGGAUACCAUUGUAAGACACACAUCAUUCCAAAUGAAGCAUAAACAUUUUGAAAAUUUGGGCUACAAAACUGCAAAAAUACAUUUCUGGAAAUGGAGAAAAUGCAGAUCAGAAAAGGAGCAACAAAAUUACUUGUCAGAUAUCAUAUACUCAGUUACCGACAGGACCAAAAAUAACCAGAAGGAUGAUAUGGGGCAAAGUGGGGAAGGAAAAAAUAUUAGUAUUUCCCAGGGAUAA